AUGUUUCUGUUUUCGCUGUCUUCUUUUGUGUUUCUGUUUUCACUGUCUUCUUUAUUGUCUUUGUUUUCACUGUCUUCUUUCACGUUUCUGUUUUCGCUGUCUUCUUUCAUCUUAUCUGUUUUCGCUGUCUUCUUUCAUCUUAUCUGUUUUCGCUGUCUUCUUUCACGUUUCUGUUUUCGCUGUCUUCUUUCAUCUUAUCUGUUUUCGCUGUCUUCUUUAACGUUUCUGUUUUCGCU